AUGAACAUUUUGGACUAUAAAUUAUUUAUAUCACCAUAAUACAGAUCAUUGUCGCUUUUUGCAAAAAAGAAAAUAAAAAUAAAAGGCCGAUCCAUUAGUUAUGAACCUCGCAAUCAAUUAAAUAUAUUCAACAUGAAAGGAUUGAUAUUUUAAAAGGAUUCAUUAAGAAGAAAAAGUUGUCAUUGUAAUGAAUGUGGAUGUCUCAGUAAAUUCUAGUACAAAUACAUGAAUCUUAAACAUGUAACAAGUAUGAAAAGGAAAAUUGAAAUUUCAUUAAGAGUUGAGAAGAAGAGGAGAUAAAGUAUUAUAUUAAUAUUAUAAUCAAUUAGCCAAAAACAGUACAUUCUCCAAAUAUCGUACCAUUAUAUUUGAUCAAGUUAGAAAAUGUAGAGUUGAAUAAUAACAAACUGAAUCAGUAGAAGCAACUCCAAAAGAAUCUACUUGUCUCCAAGAAUCAAUACAUAAAUUAAAAUAAUAUUUUGAAAAAUAAGAAACUCAAAAAAAAGAAAUUCAAAAUAAAGCUCGAAAUUUUCGCUAUUUAGGUAAUAAGACACCUAUAAGUUCUCCUAAUCAUUAUAAGUCUCCACGGGAUAAAGAAUUCAUCCCUUAUCUUAGUUAUAGAAGGAUUGAAUUGAUCAAUUUAAAACCAAUAAAAUUUAGUGAUGCUCUCAAAUCGUUUUAAACACACAAAAAAACCUUAUCAACCUAAUCUUGA